AUGUCAUCAGUGACUGCAACGUCCCGACUGUCUCCCUCGUCGCCCUGGAGUCCAGGACCCCAAGUGCAUCCUGUCUCGACAACGCCCGGAGGCCUGCCAGUGCGGACGCCAGGGACGGGCGUGCCCUUCCCGUCGCCCUUCCUGAAUACGGGGAUUUGCUCGACGCAACAAGCCCCGGGGAGGACCCCGAGUCCCAACUAUUUCUGUAUUGAAGUCGAAAAUAGCAGCAAUCCACCCGAUUCAAAUCCGGGCCCCUAUACCAAGAGAAACUGGGAAGCCUUCCUGCAACCUUCGUCGACCCCGGCUCCGCGGCUCCAGAUGCCUGCCUCCAAUCUGGCCUUGGGAGACUAUCUCGGUGCCACCAAGUUCGACCUCAAGCCGCUGCAUGGACGAGGUGCCGGAGAUGAAGCAGGACCUGCCUUCUCAGGAUCCCACCAUGGAAACGAUUACUUUGGAUCAGCUCAGAAUGCUCCAUUGCUUGGGGAGGCAUCUAGCAACAGCAGCAACAGCAACACCCAGCAAUCUGCCGACUCGAAACCAGCGGGAAAUGUCCCUGCACAGUCCACGGGCUCCGGCCCUGGUUUCUUUCGACUGGGGAGCAUGAACCCGCCACCCACGACUUUCCAGCCAUCCGUUGCCCGCUUUGCUUCACCACAGAUGCCGCAGGGCACUCAGAAUCGCUCAGAUUCCCUGGACCCAUCCAGCAUUGGACGCUCGAUCUCCGAGUCUGGGUUCCGCGUCACGAAACGCGCGGAAACGCUACCGGCCUCUUUCGAACAUGGCAACGCUCGCCUUAUCCCGCUGGACAAAUUCGCGGAGAUCAUGUCUCAGCCCGAUGACACAUUGGUGCUCGAUGUGCGACCCUUUCCUCACUUUGCACAGGGACAUGUCCGGGGGGCCCUCAGCCUGUGUAUUCCUACCACUCUUCUCAAACGACCCUCGUUCAACACCAGCAAACUCGAGGACACCUUCACCGACCAAGAGCACAAACAGAAAUUCUCGAGAUGGAAGGAGUGCUCUCGCAUUGUCGUGUACGACGCCAACACAUCCAAGAUGCAGGACGCGAGUCAACUAUUGAACGUUCUGAGAAAAUUCAGCGCUGAUGGAUGGGCUGGCGAAACUCUGAUUCUGUGCGGCGGAUUUGCUGCCUUCUCCAGUCGAUUCCCGGAUCGGGUUGAAGGUCAGCAGAAAAAAGCCACCCCAGGUAAGGUGACUGAGAAACCGUUCGCGAUGAACCUCAAUCUUCCUUCUAUAGCGCCCGUCGUUGGCGGCUGCGCUCUGCCCGAAUCGUCCUCGGCGGCCAACCCGUUCUUCGGGAACAUUCGUCAGAACAUGGAUCUCGUGGGCGGUGUGGGCCAGAUGGCUGUCAAGCUUCCGGAUGGUUUAACCGAGGAAAAGAAGAACCAGCUGCCAUCCUGGCUUCGUGAUGCGUCGGACGUCAGAGAUCGCGGACACGCCGUCUCCGAGAGAUUCUUGGACAUUGAAAAGAGGGAGCUGUAUCGCAUGCGCGAGGCUCUUUCUUCCAAGGUCUCAUAUGGGCCCGGGCCCGAAUUACCCACGGGAGGCUUCCGAGUCGCUGGGAUAGAGAAGGGGUCGAAGAACAGAUACAACGAUAUCUAUCCGUUCGAUCAUUCGAGAGUCCGGUUACAAAAUGUCCCGUCGGGAGGAUGUGACUACGUGAACGCCAAUCACGUCAAGGCGGAGUAUACUAAUAAGAGUUACAUUGCCACACAGGCUCCAGUACCGGACACGUUUAAUGAUUUCUGGCGUGUAGUCUGGGAGCAGGAUGUCAGGGUCAUCGUCGCUCUGACGGCAGAAAUCGAAAGAGGACAUGUCAAGUGCCACCCUUACUGGCAUUCUGGGGACUAUGGGCCUCUAAAACUCAAGACUCUUGCUGAAAAGCGUAUAUCGAUCGACUCGGACAGUCUGGAACCGGAUGCGUCAUAUGUGACCCCUACUCUCGACGAUCGGAAGACCACCGAUUAUCUCAGUUGUGGCCAGAGCACAAGGGCGGUAGAAGCCCCUGAGUCUGCUGGAAAGGAUCCUUAUAUCAUUGUGCGGCACUUUACGCUCUGGCAUUCUGCUUUCCCUUUCCAGCCGCUCCGAGAGAUCACGCAGCUGCAGUACCCGUACUGGCCGGACUUUGGGACCACAUCCCAACCGGCCCAUCUCCUGAAACUGGUCGAGAAAUGCAACAAGAUCGCACGAUCGAUUAGUAACAAUACUGGCCCACAGGACGCAGAGCCGGCUGGCCGCCGCCCUGUGCUGGUGCAUUGCAGUGCCGGGUGUGGACGGACAGGAACUUUCUGUACUGUCGACAGUGUAUUGGACAUGCUGAAGCGCCAGCAAGCCGAAAGCCGAGCCCCUGGUGGAGCGGAGCAGCCGACCCCGGGCGGCAACCGAUGGAUCUAUGGCGACGAUGUCGAUCUAGUCGCCAAAACAGUGGAGGAUUUCCGCACUCAGAGACCAAGUAUGGUCCAGAAUCUGAGCCAAUUCGUACUUUGCUACGAGAGCGUCCUGGAGUGGUUCGUCUCGCGGAUGGGUGAUGAUGACGGCAGAUCCUCGAAUCAGGGGGGUGUGCGGAGUUAA